AUGGGUAAUUGGAUUCUUUUCAGAAUUCCCUAUCAAAUUGAUAUUAGAAUUACAGAACUACUUAUGGGUGUAGUCAAGAAAGCUGUUGGCCUUGGAGGAUGGCACUGGCUGGUUCUAACAAAUGGCAUAGAAGUCAAGCUUCAGAGGAAUGCGCUUAGUGUAAUAGAAGCUCCUACAGGCAAUGAGGAAGAUGAUGACAUUGAAUUUGAAAAUAUGCAGUGGAACGGCUCAGAUAUGGCAUCCGAUGAUACCCAAAAGUCCCAUAGAUCAAGGCCUCGCAUGCAUAAAUCAUCCGGGUCAUCUCACAAGACUAUGAGCAGGUCUGUCUCUUGCGAUUCACACUCCAAGGAAUCUAUUUCCACUCCUAGGGGGUCCACGAAGAUUGAUCUGAGCAAACUAGAGAUGGCUGCCCUGUGGAGAUACUGGCGGCACUUUAACCUUGUGGAUGCCAUCCCUAACCCUUCAAAGGAGCAGCUUAUCGACGUUGUUCAGAGGCAUUUUGUGUCUCAGCAAUUGGACGAGUUGCAAGUCAUUGCGGGGUUUGUGCAGGCUGCAAAGAGGCUCAAGACCGUAUGCAAGUAACCCUACAGAAAGAAAAUGGGCAAACUCUUUGCGCAUUGUUCCUGACACUAACAAAUUGAUUGGCUAAUUUCCCCUCCAUCGCUCUUGUUUGACUAAUGCCUGUAAUAUAUUCAUAAAUAUAUACUCUUUGACUGUUCUUCAAGUUUAUAGUAGUUAACUUUUUUUUCUAGUUAUUGUGUAAAUAUGAUGUAAACUGGGGACUGACUCUAAUUAAGGUGCCUUCUGAGCUUCCAAAGAUCCAUUUGAAUCGAAUGUAUUGCUGAGACCCCCGGGGGAAUUGGUCA